GGUGAUAAUGUGACAUUGAUACAGUCAUUAUAGACAGUUGAUAGCAUGCCCCUGAUACAGCUGUAGUGGGCCAGAUCUGUGUUGACUUUAGUUGGUGUCUGUGCGUCACUGAUGGUAAUCGACCUACUGGGUACUUUUGGAGACGUUUUACAACACAAUGCAGUUUAGGGUCAGGAUACUGAGAUGAAUAUCAUCAACUGAUGACCCCGAACUUGAUAUUGCCUAUGAAUCGGGGAACAUGGCAUUCGACAUACCCACCUCUUACGAAGAUGCAGACCAACAACUCCGCGAGAUUAACCGCCGCAAACGCUGGCAGUUGAAUUAUCAGGAGGCGGCCAUCUUCCUGCAAGAAGGGGAGAACAAUGACAAGUACUACACCCACCCCCACUCCCAUGACGCCCUGCCGGCGUACGAGGUGGCCCACAAUCGCUGGUUCUACGCCCUUGACUUCGUGGCGGCGCUCCUGGUGUUAGGUCUGGCCAUGUGUGAGAGACCAGCCGUCACCUACCUCAGUCUGCCAGUCGGGGUUCACGGGUCUCUGGAGCUGCUUGGCCUCCUCAUCCUCAGUCUGGACCUGGGCAUCAGGAUUAAGUGGCUUGGCUGGAGGACAUGUCUCCGUCACAAGAGGACAGUCAUCAAGGCCACCACACUGCUGAUCAUGGGCAUCGAGGCCAUCGUGGUGCUAGUCAGGCAGACCAACCACUUCCGGGUCACCCGUGCCCUCCGACCUCUCUUCCUCAUUCACUCACAUUACUGCCGAGGGGUCCGGAGAAUCUCCAGACAGGUGCUGCAGUCAAUGCCGCCCAUCCUUGAUAUGAUCUUCCUCCUCCUCUUCUUCAUGCUCAUCUUCUCCAUCCUAGGUUUUUACCUACUGUCCCAAAUAGACAACAACAGUUAUUUCAGAACAAUUCAAGACAGCUUCGUCAGUUUGUUCAUCCUGCUUACAACUGCAAACUUCCCGGAUGUGAUGAUGCCGGCGUACGCCACAUCCCCGUUUUACAGCCUGUUCUUCAUCGUGUAUCUGUCACUGGAACUCUACUUCCUCAUGAACCUGCUGCUGGCUGUCGUGUAUGACACCUUUCUGAAUCUGGAGAAAGUCAAGAUCCGGUCUCUGUUCUUCCACAAGAGGGAAGGAUGUCAACAUGCAUUCAAGCUGGUCACGACCAAACAGAAUUGUUCCACGUUGAGCGUGAGACAUUUUGUGGGAAUGAUGAGGUUCUUCCGACCGAAACGAGAUACUCGGGACUACUACUUGAUGUUUAAGAGUUUGAACACAAGUAAGACAGGGGGGAUAACUCUGGAGGAGUUCUACAGGGUGUACGAUAUCUGCUCUCUACAGUGGAAGCUGAAGAAUGACGACUCCUUGUGGUCUUCCAACUUCCGUCAUCCGUGCAACAUCGUCUUCAAACUUCUCAACAGAUUCGUCAGUUGGAAGUGGUUUGACUAUUUUAUUUAUUUGGUGAUUGCAUGUAACUUCCUAUGGAUCCUGAUUGAGACGAUUAACUUAUCAAUAAAUGCUGUCAAUGUAAAGUCAUACGAUUUCACAGCAAGCUGGACUUCGAUUGUGUUCGUAUGUAUAUAUUCCGUGGAGGCCAUAUUGAAGAUCCUCGGAAAGGGGCCACAUAUAUAUUUCACAUCAGGCUGGGACCUGUUUGACUUCCUGGUGACCGUCAUCAGUGUGAUCGGUGUGCUGCUGGAGAUCCUAGACGACAGCUUCUACUACAUCAUCGUCCUCCGUCCCUUCCGACUUCUCAGGUUAUUUAAAAUCAAGAGACGCUAUCGAGAUGUGCUGGGCACACUGUUUGUGCUGUUUUCACGACUGACCAGUUUGGCGGUGGUGAUCAUCAUGGUCUACUAUUUCUUUGCCAUCAUCGGCAUGGAAAUGUUUCUCAAUGUCGACCUGAAGAACUGUUGCAAGAAUUCCACUAUGGCUGAUUACUACAGCUUCGACAGCAAGAACCAACAGGGCUACUACUUGAACAACUUUGACAACAUCCUCCGAUCCGGAGUGACGUUGUUUGAACUGACUGUCGUUAAUAACUGGUUCAUAAUAAUGGAGGGGUAUGCGCUGGGCUGGAGCGAGUGGACGCGGAUCUACUUCAUGCUGUUCUACAUCGUGAUGAUGGUUGUGAUGAAUAUCGUGGUGGCCUUUGUGUUGGAAUCUUUCCUGUUCCGUAUCAACUAUCGGAGGACGAUGGAUGUGGAUGACAUUGAAGAUCACGGCCUGUAUAAGGUGGAGAUGUCCAUGUCGGAGGAGGAGAGGGACAUGUGUGAGAGGCCGCAUGCAUGGCUGACUGGCGCACAUAUUGCCACCACGGCGGACCAAGAUGGAUCACAGAUGCCGUAUGUGUACGGUGGCGAGAGGUUCCGAAGCAAGGAGGACUUCAGUCUGAGGAUGUACACGGACGAGGUGCAGACCUGGAUAGAGGAAGAGAAGGCCAAGAGGAGGGAGGCUAUCUGUGAGAUGGAACAGUUGAGACAAAGACUGAGUCGCCCCAACUCCAGGAACUACGCAGAUGCAGUCGUUGAUGACCUCGACUUCGAUCAAGACACAUCAACAAGCUGACAUCAUGCAAACAUGACUAAAACAGACACAAGAAAUACCUUCCAACUUGUAGAUAAAUGACAGGAAAACAGCUGUCUUUUUAUCUGAUACUGUAAAAGACCCUUGCAGGUGAUAUAACACUUGUAUGCCAUAUGCAUUUCAUAUCCUACUCAAAAAUGGUUAGGGAUCAUCCGAUUCUUUCAUAUUACUAUAGUUAAUCUGUCAUGACAAAAUAUACAUCUUUUUGUACUUUUCCGAAAUUAAGGAAACAAUUAUAGUGGCCAGUGUCAUGGCCUAUUAAGACUAAUAGAGAUUUCGGGGGUCCCAAUAUUAAAGUACUAUAGGGGUAGACCUCAUUGACCCCCUUAAUUCAACACAGUAUAUAGGGUAACAGUAAUAGCAUUAACCACAAGAAGUUCAGAAUGUCAGGAUGUCAUGCAUCCAGUAACCAUGGUAACACAUGUCCUUCUUCAGUUGUAUCUAGUGGCUUGUCAUGGUCACACCGCCUGACACUGCAUCCCCUACUAAACUAACCUAUAUUCUAUAACACUGUGUCAGUUCAGACACUUACUGCUGGAACAUGUACACCAAGCUCCUUGCAGUGAUAUCCCGUUCGCGGAGCUCUCUUUACUAUCGCUGCCAUCAGUCAAAGCUCCCCACUGUGAUAGUGGCUACAACCAUGCUUGGAGUAACUUGCAACUCCCUGACAGUUAUGUUUACAAACAACUGAUGACUAUCGUGAUGCCGAAUACUCUUACCCCAGCUACAUUAUUUUCUUUGUUUAUCUGUUUAAAUUUUUGUUUCAUUAUAACUAUCAUGUAACUGGUUUAGUAAGAUGAUAGUAAGAAUGUGAGGGGAAAGUUGGUUUAUUUUCCAUUCAUCUGCAAUCUCAAACCAAUCUGAUCAAACAAAUAAAACGGUAAAUUCAUCUGGGAAAACCUUUUUCAAAAUUCACUACGACGGCAUUCCCAAAGAUGUAAACAAAAGUAUAAACGUUACUAUAUUUCGGGUUAGAGGGCAAAUUUGAAGAUUCUUGUAAUGGCCCACCUACACGGGUGGCAGCGAUGUUACCGAGAGAGUAACGAAGGUGUCACGCACUGGGAAGGAGCCUGCCUGUACAUGUUCAAAGGGACGUUACUCCGUAAUGUACAUGUCCAAAGGGACAUUACUCCGUAAUGUACAUGUUCAAAGGGACAUUACUCCGUAAACAGUUUCCUUAGUUAGGAAAGGUGUUAAUCCAAACUAAGCCCGUGGGAACGCAAGCAACCAUCUGAUUUACAUGCUUUCCAUGAAGUGACCAUUCUCGUGUUGGAAGUCUGAAGUUGAACCUGUCCUACGGCAUGUAACUGUCAAAUUAUGCGCAAUCGUGUGUAAGAUUAGAUAUUCCGUCACAAGACUAUUACUAACUAACAGACUAUUUUCUUUUUUCCAUUUGGACAAUUUUAAUUGUUUAUGUAGCAGGUUAAGGUAUGUAUUGCUGCACCCCUGAUUUUCUAAACUUUCACUCAAUUUAUACUCUCUCUUUUUUAUGACUUUGUAAGGAAAUGAUAUCCAACUUUGACGUAUGUGACCAGCAGUAGCAACUGUAGCUUGCUCUUGUACUCUGUUUCUAUUAACAAUUAUUAAUCCAUAUUGUUGCGGGAGUUAUUAUUUUGAAGGUAUACAAACUUCUGGCAAGAUUAUGCCCUGUACAGAGCUGUAGGCAUGUGACGUAUAAAGUAUUGUUGUUAACUACUUAAUGGCAGACACUUUCAUGAAGUUUUUUCAUGAAAUUACCUCAGUGUUGCAUUUAUUUAUGUAUGUGUGCAAUAUUGGUCCAAGUUAUUGUUUCUGACAAUCUGUUCAAACUCUAAAUAGCUGUGUUCUGUAUGGUUCAAUGCCAAACGCUGUCUGUUCGACCUCUGAAUAGCUGUGUUCUGUUUGGUUCAAUGCUAAUGCGGCUUGUAUAGGAUUGUAUUUUGGAUUAUUUUUCUUCAAACAUGAGGAAAAAUAACCAUUUCCAGUACUUUCUGUAACAAAUAUUUUUUUUGAAAAAACGGAUUCCUGUUUAUAUGGACAUUUCUAGCUUUGGUCAAAUAUCUUGAUAAACAUAAUCUGAUAAUGGACUUGAGUUUCAUCUGAUACAUCCCAAUACAACACCAAACAUGUUCAAUCUGUAUCAUACAGAGCUGGGGAGGCACGGGUGGCCCAGUCGUCUAAGGCACCGCGAUUCGCUGUGCAGAGUUACGUCCCCUGGACACGCCAGAAACCAAUGGUUGUGGGUUCGAAUCCCGGUUCACCCCG